AAAACAAAGGCAAACAUGUUAGAGGGCAUACCAAAGAGAUGGAAGGAGCUAAGCGGCGUAAACAAAUGGCAAGGCCUACUUGAACCACUUGACCCGGAUCUUCGUCGCUACAUCAUUCACUACGGUGAGAUGGCUCAGGUUGGUUACGACGCCUUUAACUGGGACCGUAAGUCAAGAUACGCCGGUGAUUGUUAUUACUCUAAGAGACAAAUCUUUGCUCGAACUGGCUUCCUCAAAGCCAACCCUUUCAGGUACAAUGUGACUAAGUACAUCUACGCAACAGCUUCGCUAAAGCUACCAAUCUGUUUCAUCGUCAAGUCUUUGUCAAAGGAUGCAUCACGCGUGCAGACUAACUGGAUGGGUUACAUAGCGGUUGCUACAGACGAAGGGAAGGCGAUGUUAGGGAGGAGAGACAUUGUUGUAGCUUGGAGAGGAACUCUUCAGCCUUAUGAAUGGGCUAACGAUUUUGAUUUUCCGCUUGAGUCGGCUAUCUCUGUUUUUCCGGUAACCGAUCCAAAAGUCGUGCCUCGUGUUGGAAGUGGCUGGCUCGAUGUCUACACCGCUUCUGAUUCUAAUUCUCCUUAUGACACGACUAGCGCACGAGAACAGGUACAAGGAGAGCUCAAGAGAUUGUUAGAAGUUUACAAGAACGAAGAAGUAAGCAUCACUUUCACAGGGCAUAGCUUGGGCGGAGUAAUGUCAACUCUAGCAGCUGCAGAUCUUGUCCAUGCCAGAAAAAACAAGAACAAUACAAGUCUUCAGAGAAACCAAGUCCCUAUCACAGUUUUUGCUUUCGGGUGUCCUAGAAUUGGGGACCAAGACUUCAAAAAAAUCGUCGACUCACUCCAACCACUAAACAUCUUAAGAAUAGUAAAUGUUCCAGAUGUCGCACCACAUUAUCCACUCUUACUCUAUGCAGAAGUAGGCGAGGUGCUCGAGAUCAAUACAUUGAACUCGACGUAUCUCAAGCGGUCUCUAAACUUUAGGAACUACCACAACCUGGAGAUAUACCUGCACGGCAUUGCAGGGAUGCAAGACAGAGCUGGGGUAUUCAAGCUGGAGGUUGGUCGAGAUGUUUCAUUGGUCAAUAAAGGAUUAGAUGCUCUGAAAGACGAAUACUUAGUGCCAAGUACCUGGAGGUGUCUUGCAAACAAAGGGAUGGUUCAAAUGGAUGAUGGGACAUGGAAGCUGGAUGUCCACAGGAGAGAUCAUGAUGACGCUGAAGAUGAAGAUGAUGGCUCCUCAAACUAG